AUGGGAAAGUCGCGAAAGGAUGAUGCGACGCGAGUCCUCACUCACCUCCCAUGCUAUGCAAUGACGGCCGGCUCCAGUCUCCGCGCUGGAGUCUCUCUCCGAAGCGAUGCCUCCAAUGACACCUCUCCCCCCGAAGCCCCGCAAGCACCCAACAAGGCACCAGCGACAGGUGUCCAGGCUGCCGGCAUGCGCGCCGUGGCAGCCAGAAUGGUCGCCUUUUACUUCCGAGCACCAGUCAAGGCCUUCUUCCGCGGGAGGAUAGAUUACAUGGGCUAUGCGAGGGCCAUCAACCCACACGUCAUGGCGGAUGCGAAGUGGUCGUGGAGAAUGACUACGCCCGCCGUGCUGGCGCAUGCCAUACGGACUGAGGGAUGGGGCUUCAUUCCGAAGCAGGUGCUGCCACCUCUAAUGGCAAACACAUGUAUUGGCGCAGUCCUAUAUACAGCAUACCUCCAUAGUCUCUCCGCACUUCACGAACCCUCGUCCUACCAAACCAAGCGCGUCUACCCACCACCACCCCCCUCUGUGACCUUCACAGCCGGCUUCAUAGGUGGGGGCAUCCAAUCCGUCAUCGCCGCCCCCUUUGACGCCCUGCAAACCCGUUUCCGCACGGCCGACAUUCUCGACGGCAAGCACAAGACCAUGUGGCACUACGCAGGCCACAAGCUGCGCUCCAUCGGCAUCCAAGGCAUCUUCGCCGGCUGGUCUCUAUCCUUUAUGAAAGACGCAUUCGGCGCCGCCGUCUUCUUCGGCACCUUUGAGACUGUCAAAAGCCAGGCGUACCUCGAAUUCGUGUCGCGGUACUACGGGAGCCGGACGCGCGAUACGCUGCUCGAAAAAUCUAUACCGUAUCUGCAGGAAGACCACGAUGACCGCCCCGUCAUCAGACCUCACUAUAUGCUCGAACCCAUGUUCCUCCUCUUGGCAGGCGUCUCUGCGUCAAUCACGUCUCAGCUCAUCCAACACCCUCUUACCGAGAUUCAAGACGUGCACUACCGCCGGCUAGAAGCACUGGAUUUCCAGGCCCACCAGGACAACAAGCCUAGUCACAUUGUACGAAGAUACUACCACGCUUACGAGGAGACGUUUGCCCAGUGCAAGAUACUAGCCAAGCGAGCUGGUGGCUGGAGAAAAUACUUGUACAGGGAUUUCUUCAUGAGUACGAUUAAACAGGUGCCGAGUACGGCGGCUGGCCUCAUUGUGUUUGAAAUUGUGAGGAGAAAGUACUCGUUUGAGAAUGAAGAGGUUAUGAUUCUGCACGAAGAUGCGAGGAUCUUGCUGACGUAA